AUGGCGGCCAGUAUAUGCGACAUCAACGAGAAGAAACUCGCCGCCGUGACGGACUCAGUCGACGUUUCCUACAGAUCCCGGAUCCUCACCCAGCCAGUCGACGUGGCCGACCGAGGCGCGAUCAAGAGCUUUCUAGAAGGCACAAAGAGGCACUUUGGCCGCGUGGACGGCAUUGCGAAUAUCGCGGGAAUCGGAGGGCGUCUGAUUGGCACGCACCCGAUCUGGGAGAUACCGACGGCAGAGUACGACUUGGUCAUGGAUGCCAACGCGCGUAGCGUCUUCAAUACGCUGGCAGAAGGGUUGGUGCCGGGUUUCAUGGAGACGCCCGGAAGUAUUGUUAACGUGGGGAGCAUGUAUUCCGUUCGCGGUUUCAAAAACGCCGCCCCGUAUUGCGGGAGCAAGCACGCGAUGAUUGGGUUGACUAAAACAGCCGCCAUUGAAGCUGGCGAGGGAGGAAUAAGGGUGAACGCUUUACUCCCAAAUGUGACAUUUGUCAAGUGCGAUGUCACCUCAUUCGAGUCCCAGCUACAAAUGUUCAAGGCAGCAAAGGAAAACUCCCCGUCACACACUAUUGACGUUGUAGUGGCAUGCGCUGGCAUCGCCCCAAAUGACACGGUCUUCAACGUGGAGCAAGAUGGCGAUGAUGACCCGGUGGCGCCAAACAUGUUGAUGAUGAACGUCAACGUGACUGGUGUUCUGUAUAGCCAGAAGCUGGCCCGGCACUAUUUCUUGAGAAACCCCAUCGGCGCCGACCGUGACCGAUGUUUCGUCAUCUUUUCCAGCGCCGCAGGAUACCUCGAUCUCCCGGAGGGCCCAUGUACCAAGCGUCGAAAUAUGCGGUUCGCGGUCUCAUGCGCUCCACGAGAAGGACGACCGAGGUUUGUUUCCACCGGACUUUUAAGCGCGGAUGUCCAGGAUCAUGUUAAGGGUCAGGGCGUCAAGUUUGCGGAUGCCGGCAGCGCGGCCGAACUCGUCUUGAGAAUUGCCGCGACGCCCUCCAUUAAUGGUCGCUCGUUUGCGGUCGUGCCCUCGGACGAAGACGCUCCACGCGGCUAUAUCGAUCAGGACCUCGAUGACUACGAGCCCGGCUCAAGGGCAGGGAGUUUCACAAUGGCUUCGUACAAUGCUCGGGACUAG